AUGUCCCUGGCGGGAAGUCGUGGUGAUCCUGUUCAGUGCCGGGAGGACUGUGCACACGAUUUGGUCUCCCAGUCUAUGGCCUCAGUUCCUGACAGCCAUGUUUCGCGGAGGGCUGUUCAGGAUAAUAUUGAUGACAACUCUAUGUCUUCUUCUGACGAGAGUCUUCCUGAUACCAUUGAUGGCAUCAUGGCAUAUGGUCAGAGGAAUCACCACCGUAGGACAGCUGCAGACCAGAGAGGAUCUGCUGUCAUUGCGGAAGUUACACCUCAGCACCAGCUUCGGAGACGCACACGCUCACAUGAGUCAGAGCAGUCACGUCCAAGUGCCCGUCGUCGCUUAGAACAUGUCAAUGCUGGUAUGGAUGUUAUCGAAACAGAGGCAUCUGACAUUGGCCAACAUCGUGGACCUGCUUGCACAGGUGCAUCUACUGAGGUCUAUCCGCCAAUCUCUCGGGAUUCUGUUCCAUUUAUUCCUGCUGAAGCAGAAGACAUUGGGGAAUGGCAGAAUAUUGUGCACGCAAACUUGCCAAUUAAUAUUGAUGAGUCUACGGAAGUAUUCAUCCAAGCCUCCACAACAUCUCUGGCGGCCAGGGCACUUCAGUUCCUGCUCUUAUGGCACUUUGCGAGCCCACCAGCUCCUUAUCAUCAAUUCGAAGCGGCCCUGGAGAGGGCUCUGCCAGGUGUGGUGUGCAGUUUUGUUCCACUUGCUGCUCUUCUGUCGUCCAAGCGAGUGUUUGAGGUCAAUGUUGGUGUGGGUGCAGCUCCCGAGAAAGCAGUACUUCGUGAUGCCAUCGCGCAAAUGACAUCUGAAGUGCGCUUUUGGGUGGAGAAGGGAGUAUAUAAGUCUCUUGUGUUCCACAGCUCCACAGACCAUUUCAGGACUCGCGACUGUAUCCUCAAAGCAUAUGGGUUCCUAUGUCUAAUGCAUCUUGUCAACCUAGGUCAGGGGCCUGAACCUGUUUCUCCCUUUCUGCUUCAGGCAGUCAUUGAUGGCCGCUCUAACAUUCUCAUCGAUCGUGAAUUCAUACUUUCUCUUGAUCCUGGCCAAUUUGCUGUGCUUCAGCCUUGGUAUGACUGGAAUGGUACCUCCCCUUUGACGACCGACCCAAAAACAGACUUGGGUGCACUUCUGAUAGAGGCUGAUAUUGUGAUUGAAGCACUGAGCCUUGAGGGUAUGGAUGAAGCAGAGCGAAAUGGGGUGGAGCGUACCCUUGUGUCGCGUGUCCUCUUGGGUCACAUCGAUCCCACGCAUCACCCAGAUUUGUUGGCAUUUAGGGAGGGUCUUAACUUUCAACUACGUCCCGGUCAGGACAUACGAAAGACAAUGGAGGGGCGUACCAAAGCCUUGCUUGGGGCCCUCAACGACAAGGAAGAUCAACAGACCGAGGUGGAGCGACAACAUGAGCUCAGGUUUGCAGAGCUACUAAUACGAUAUUUGCAUGGAAAAGGGCACCCUGACCAUGAGUGGAUACGCGGAGAAGUUGUACCAGAAGAUAUGUAUAUGAAGGAGCACGAGAAUGUGGUUCAUCGUGUGCGCCUAUUGCUCCAAGUUAUGACGGGGUCAGACCUGCUGCCCCUGGGGGAACACUGGAAGCUGAAGUUCUCAUUUACCCAUGCCUCGUCAUAUCAAGAUGGAGGGGCACAUCUGAAUAAUGCAGAGGAGAUCACACCAAUAUUAUAUUCUGCGUGCUUCAUGCAGGGCAAGGUCACGAUGGAUGUAGGUUUGCAGAACCUGUUACUUCAGGAGGUUGAUGGGCCUGAUCAUGCUCUCUACUUUGACGCAUGGAUGCACGGGCCACUAAUGGCGGGAGAUGGUUUCAAUAAAAUAUAA